AUGCAUUCCAUUUUUGCCCGCAUCAGUGCUUUAUCUGCACUCUUGGGAUCCACCUUGUUUGCGUUAAUGUUUGCUACAUUUUUGUCUACUGCUUUUCUCGAUGAAACUAUCCCUGUUGAUUUGGGAGUUGGUAACGUCGUCGUGCAGGUUGCGGAGGAUUUCACAGUUUCUAAUCCUACAAGAAAUGAUCUGGGUAGACUUCGUAUCGACAUCAAGGCCAAUGUAGAACCUCUUUUUAACUGGAACGUGAAACAACUAUUCAUAUUCUUGGCUGCCGAAUACAAGACACCAAGUAAUUCAGUUAAUCAAGUUGCUCUUUGGGAUAAGAUUAUUCGCCGUGGUGAAAGCUAUGAUAUCGAGUAUAAGAGCAUGAAGGGGAAGUACCCAUUCUGGGACGAUGGCUCCGGACUCCGCAAUAAUGAAAAUAUUACUCUGAAGUUUUACUGGAACAUAAUUCCCAACGCUGGUAUGAUGCCUCUCAAAUCAAGUGGAAGUCAGGUCGUCUUUUCCUUCCCUCCUACGUACUAUGAAACAGUGCAGUAA